GGACAUUUAUCUAUUCAUUAUCAAAAUGAGAGCUGCUUUAGUAACAUUUUUUGUAAUUAUAGCAUUUGGAAAAUCAUUGGCUAAUAAGACCGAGUCAAUGACAAUUUCGUGUUUAGAUCUUCAGAGUAUACCUUUUGUAGGGACAGUUAUAACAUGUACUAGUACUACUCAUGCAAGUGAUUUGUUAGUCAAAUUUUAUCUUUCAACAAAUAAAAUUAGAACUCCUAAAGAAUUUGGGCCUUGUGAUUUAUCGAAGCUUCAAAAUUAUUUUGAUCCUUUAGAAGAAACUAUUAUCAUUAUUCAUGGCUACUUGGCUAAUGUGAAAAGAGAUUGGAUUUGGGAUUUAAAGGAUAGGAUUCUUGAUGCAAAAAAAGGUAAUGUUAUUAUGGUUGAUUGGAGUAAACUAAGUACCCGGAAGAACUAUGUUAAUGCUGCCAGGAAUACUGUGACCGCUACUCAGCAAAUAUUUGGCUUUCUUCAGGCCAUAAGGAGCGAAAGUAAAAACUUUAAAUUUAGCGUGAAAAAAAAGAAGUGGAAUCAGAUAUAUUUCAUUGGACACAGUCUAGGCGCACAAGUGAGUGGGCAAACCGCAUAUCUUUUGAAACAAGAUCCAUUUUGGCACGUAAAUAGAAUAACUGGUUUGGAUCCAGCCAAGCCUUGUUUUACAGACGUUGAUCCUAAAUUAAGGGUCGAUAAGCAAGAUGCAGACUUUGUUGAUAUUAUUCAUACGCAAGUGGGUUAUGGGGGCAAUACCGAUGCAUUUGGUUUGACACAGAGUAUAGGACAUGUAGAUUUUUAUGUUAAUGGUGGUAUUGUGCAGUCGCCUUGCUUGGGCACAGUUUUUACGUCAGAAUGGUCGAUAAUGAUUUGCAGUCAUAGAAUUGCUUAUAAAUUUUUUGCCGAGUCAUUGCUCAAUUCCAUAAGUGGGGAAUGCAAAUUUUUAAGUUACGAGUGGGACGGAACUUAUGACGAUGCAGUAAAAAGUCUCAAUCGUAAAAGAACUGGUUCGUAUUGUUUAGAUUGUCCCGAAAUGGGAAUAGAUACACCAAAAAGUACGAAAAGAGGAGAUUUCCUAAUUAUAACAUCUACAGACGUACCAUAUUGCGAAUUUAAGGAGAAAGAUACAAAAACGGUAUUAAAAGUUUUAAGGCGACUCAAAUUUAAAAAGCCCUUGUCGAUUACCACAUUAAUGCCAAACACGACGACAAUUCAACCAUAAAAUAAGUUAUACGUAAUAUUCUAUAUAAAAACUACUUGUUCACAAUAAUUGUAUUAUUUAUUAUUUUUAUUUUUCGAGGAGCAAGAUUUUUAAGACAAAAAGUGUUUAGUAUUAGAAAUGUUAUUCUACUUAUUAAGAAGAUACGAGUAUAUAAGGAAGAUUUGUUAAUUAGAGAUUUUUAUCAACAUAAUAUAACUCAAACUAAUUAUAAAUUAGUUUUAUCCGAGAAAAUAAUUUUAUGUUAGAAAAUAAUGAUCUAUGAUUAAAUGAAGCUAAUACAUACCAAUAACAUUAAAUAAUUUUCUUGGAUAAACCAUUUAAUAAAGAAUCUGGAGA